AUGUAUCUGUUGGUUUAUAUUGAUGAUAUCAUCCUCAUCAGUUCCUCUGAUGCUGUUGCUGAUCGUCUUGUGACUGCCUUGAGUGGUGACUUUGCUGUCAAGGAUUUAGGUGCUCUGCAUUUUUUCCUUGGUCUGGAGGUUUCACAGUCUUCUACUAGGUUGACUCUUACUCAGAAGAAGUAUUCUUUGGACUUGUUGCAUCGUGCUGGAAUGCUGAAAUGCAAACAUGCUAUCACUCCGAUGUCUGCCACUGAUCGGUUGUCUGCUCUUGAUGGAGACCCUCUUUCACCUGAUGAUGCUACAGAGUAUCGCAGUCUCGUUGGUGGUCUGCAAUACCUUACUAUUACCAGGUCGGAUAUCUCUUAUGCAGUCAACCGUGUGUGUCAGUACCUUCAUGCACCCAGGACAUCUCAUUGGUCAGCUGUCAAGCGUAUUUUGCGUUAUAUCUGUCUUACUGCCUCCUAUGGUUUGCUUCUUCAGCCUGCGCCGUCUUGUGAGCUCUCAGCUUUUUCAGAUGCAUAUUGGGCUGGUAGUCCUGAUGACAGGCGAUCCACGGGGGGUUAUGCAGUAUUCCUCGGUUCUAACUUGAUCGCCUGGAAUGCUCACAAGCAGGCAACAGUGUCUCGCAGUAGUACUGAAGCUGAGUAUAAAGCGGUUGCUGAUGCGACUGCUGAGAUCAUAUGGGUACAGUCUCUAUUGAGGGAGUUGAGAGUCUCUCCAGCUCGUCCUCCAGUUCUUUGGUGUGACAACAUCGGUGCUGCACACGCCAUAGAGGCCGCCAAGUGUGUGGUAUAUAAAGCCGCGCUGGACGAGGCAGCCGCGAGCGCAGUGAAGAAGUCCAAGACGUUGUGCCCGAGAGAAUGCGCCACGGCCUCCCACGGCAACACGCAGGACGUCGGCUCGUCGAAGCCGGUCGAGAACAUGACGCGCCACUAG